CAAACAUCCUCCCUUCUGUUUCUCAAUUCUCAAACCGACUCACGACUGUCAGGAGCAUGGCAACUUUGAAGCUAGAGGUGGUCGCGCUCGUCGGAACAGCGCUGGGAAUUGCAUCCCAUCUGGGAUACUUCAUCCACGGAGAACAUCAUAUGCAAGCCACACGGAUUGCAGCAUUCUUCUUCAUUGCGCCUCUACUUUUGUUUAUCUUAACCCUGAGAGACAUAGAUGGCAACUCGUACAUUGAAGCUGGCAAAAUCACGGCAGUCGGAACGGCCUCCUAUUUCACGGCUUUGAGUACCAGCAUCCUGAUCUAUCGGGCUUUCUUCCACCCACUUCGGAGAUUCCCAGGACCCUUCAGUGCGAAGCUAAGCAAGAUUACACAUGUCCUACGAAUUGCCAAGGAUUCUAAGAACUAUCUCCUCAAUGAACAAAUGUUUUACAAGUAUGGAGAGUUCGUGAGGACUGGCCCCAACGAAUUGAUAACCAAUUCCCCUGAGGCAGUCUCCGUGGUUUUAGGCAUUUCUUCUAAGUGCACAAAGGCUCCUUGGUAUGAGUGCGUGAGUUAUCCGAACACAUCGCUGCAUCUCACUCGCAGUCGACUCGAGCAUGACAAGAGACGAAAGAUUUGGGAUCGCGGCUUCAGUGCCAAAGCGUUGAGGGCAUACGAACACCGUGUAACAGGAUUCACGGACGACCUUAUAUCGCAACUGAAUUCCCACUCUGGCGAGCCUGUGAAUGCAUCUCGAUGGAUGAAUUAUUACGCUUUCGACAUGAUGGGAGAUAUGGCUUUUGGAAAGUCUUUUGACAUGCUCAAGACGGGAGAGAAGCAUGAUACGAUCGAGCUUUUACAGGAAGGGAUGGCUCCUCUGGGUGUCAUAACACCUAUUCCAUGGAUACUUAUUCUUUUCCAAGAUAUACCUGGACUUAGUGCCGGCCCGAAGAAAUUCCUCAAGUAUCUCUUAGAACAAGUUGCUGCUCGGAAACAGCGCACCCCCGACUCUCCGGAUCUGUUCAGCUGGUUGAUCGAUGCCGAAAAGCAAUCCAACGACCCGAUUCACAAAGACCCCAGAUGGCUAAAUGGCGACUGUGGAUUGAUCGUCGUCGCUGGCAGCGACACCACAACAGCAACUCUCACUCACAUCUUUUAUCACCUCGCACGUUCGGGAGAAGUGUUCUCCAAACUUCGUAAAGAGCUGGAUUCAUUCUAUAAACCUGGCUCCGAAUCAGAGUUCCGAGAUCUCCAAGAGGCAACUUAUCUCAACGGAGUCAUUAAUGAAGCUCUUCGUAUCCAUCCCCCGGUUCCUGGUGGGGUGUUGCGAGUGACUCCACCAGAAGGAAUCACGAUUGGAACAACUUUCAUCCCUGGAAAUGUUACGAUCUCGACACCAGCUUAUUCUUUGGGAAGACUCGAGUCUUGCUACGAAAAUCCUUCCGAAUUUAUACCCGAGCGCUGGGGGGAGAAACCGGAAAUGGUUCGCGAUAAAGGCGUUUUUGUGCCAUUUUCAGUCGGUCCGUAUUCAUGUGUAGGAAAGCAGUUGGCUCUUAUGGAACUCCGCAACGUCAUUGCACGCAUUGUGACUGAGUUUGAUGUCAAAUUCGCACCGGGGGAGGAUGGAACGGCACUGCUGGAGAAGUCAACGGAUACCUUUACGAUUGCGUUGGCUCCUUUGAUGUUGGUGUUUACCAAGAGGGAGGUCUGAGACCUUGUUCUUUUCAAUCGAUCUUGCACCAUGUAGUUGGAGGCUCGCUAAGUGUGGGGUUGAAAAAAGGGGGUGGGGUAAUUUAGGCGAGGCUAUGAAGUGAUCUUCCCAACGUCCCCGAAAUCUUCCAUCCAACCUCGACAAUACCCUCUAGGCUUCGAAUUUUCCACCGAACUCAUAGCCAUGUUCUCAUGUUCGUUUCCCAU